AUGACGACAAUAGCGGGCCCCUCGACCCCGUCGAGCGCGCACGCGACGACGCCCGCCGCGCUUUCCGCGCGCAUCCGCUCGCUCGCGGCGCCGGUCUACACAAGCCGCGUAGAAGCAGAGGUCAAGGCGUAUCUCGACGCGGCGUACCCGGACCUCGCGAGCCUGACUGGCGCUGCGCCAGCCCAGGUGGAGAAGAAGCACCGGCGCGGCGGCGGCGGGUCGUACUCUGCGUCGUCUUCGCGCCCUUCCACUCCCGUACAGGCAGCUAAGAAACGCACGCUAGACGAGGACAUUGCGCACUGGACGUCUGCGGCCGCGAGCGCGGGCCAGCGCCUCGCGGACGCGGAGGCUGCGUUGCCUGGCGCUAUUGGCCAGGCGCGCGCCGCUCUGGAAAGCUUGCAGACCGCAGCGCAGGACCUCGCAUUGGAGCGAUAUCGCCAGAGUGACGAGAGCGCGGCGCUGCUCGCUCAGCUUAGCUCCUCGGCGCCGCUUGACGACGACGAGGAAGGCGGCGAGCGUGCGCCGACGCUGCUUGAGCAGGUGGAGGGCAUGGAGGCUGGUCUUGGGCGCACGCGUGCCGCGCUCGCAUGGAGCCGCGUGCUGGAGCGUAUCCUCCGACUACGCGACGCCGUGCUCGACCCCGCGCACCACACCCCGUCGGCGCUCGCUGCGCUGCCGCACUACCGCGCGCUGAGCGACGCGAUCGUCGCGGUCGAGAAGGUCCUCCCGCCCGGGAUGGCGCUGCUGGGCACGCUGGCCGACGUGCGCGCCGACGCGUGGGCGCAGCUCAAGCGCGUGCUCUCCGACACGCUGCUCGCCGCCGCGGAGCCGCUCGGCUGGCCCAGGAGGGUGGACUACGCGUCCGUACCCGCCGACAAGCGGCGCGCGUUUGAGCGCGCGUAUAGCGAGCUGCUCCACCUCCAGGCCGAGGGCGAGAGCCUGCAUGCCACGCUGGAGCGCUCGCCGUCGUGGACGUCGGGCGACGGCCUGUACCCGAUCCAGGCGCUCACAGAGCCCAUCACCCUGCGGUUCAAGUACCACUUCCAGGGGUCGCGCUCGACCAACCGCGUCGACAAGCCCGAGUGGGCGUUCGCCAACAUCCAAGACGCGGUGUACGAGCACGCGGGCUUCAUCGCAGACUACCUCCAGCCGCUGACGGCUCGCGAGUACCCCAAGGUCGACGUGACGUGCGAGCUCACGAUGCUCCUCUUUCCGACGCUGCUUGCGUUCCUCCGCACCCGCAUUCCCCACCUGCUGUCCCACCCCGCGCUGCUCGCGCACACAGUCUACCAGACAGUCAUGUUCGACGACGCCGUGCGCGAGAACGGCUUCGAGCUCGCCCGCACGAGCGUGUACGCCGGCGCUGAGGCCGAGUGGGAGGGCCUCGCGGGGGUCAUUCUGCGCGAGCACGACUGGUUCGAGCAGUGGCUUGAGGGCGAGAGAAAGUUUGCCGAGACGUCGCUCAACGACAUUAUUUCGGCGCCGAACGCGUGGGCUAUUGCGGUCGACGAGGACGAGGACGAGGACGACGGCGAGGCCGCGCUGCCGUCUACCGAGUCGGCGCGCAAGGUCAAGGCGCUCAUCGAGGGGAUUACGGACCGCUACGCGCCUCUCCCAGCACAGGAAUACCGCGUCGCCUUCCUCCGCACGAUCCAGCUGCCCACCCUCGCAGCGUACCACUCGCGCCUGGACGGCUCUCUCAACGCCUUCGAGACGCUCAGCUCGGCGUUCGUGCGCGCCGUCCCCGGCGCGCUGGGCGGCGCAAGGCCCACCCCCGACUCGCGGGUCACGGUCGGCACGGCUGGGCUGGAGCGCCUGAUCAAGGCGCACGUGAGCGCAGAGUACCUCGUCGCAGCGCUUCGCUCGUGGUCCAACGACGUGCUGUUCGCGGAAAUGUCGGCCGACCUUGCCGGCGACGCUGCCGCACCGUCAGUAUGGGACCCUACGGCACAGCGAUACUCUGACCUCCGCGCACGCGCCGAGGAUAUGAUGGUGCGCCUCAUCACCUCGGAAGUCGAGUCAGACCUCAAGCAGCACCUCACGCGGCGGUGGGACGUCGGCGCGGACGGCGCGCUAGAGGACUCGGGGCCAGACUCGUCCCUCGUCGCAGCGCUGGCAGGCUACACGUCGCUGCUGUCGGCGCUGCGCGUGCUCCCCCGCACGCCAGCCGCACGCGUGUACCGCCGCGUGUCGGCCCACCUGGUCAACCAUAUCGCCCAGCGCGCAGUCUACGCCGGCUGGUCCAAGUUCACCGCUGCGGGCGGGCGCGCGCUACUGUCGGAAGUCGACGACUGGCGGCACGCGGCGGCGGCAGGCGUCGCGCGCAUCACCCCGCCCAUUCCGACUGAUGUGCCGUGGAACAGGCUGUACGAGAUGGCGACCUUGCUCGCCCUGCCCUCCGAGUCAGAGGCGGAGGCCGACACGCCGACGUUCGCGCAGGCCAUGGCGGCGGCUUGGAGCGGAGGCGCAGCGCUCGACAGCCUGCGUGAGCGCACGGGCGUGCACGAGCUGUCAGAGGACGAGCUGCAGGCCGUGCUGAGACGCCGGCUCGAGUGCUGGAGAUGA